GACGGUGAGUGAGAAAAAGGGCGACCAAUGGUGUAGCGGUGAUGCAAAGGGCGCCUCGCCGCUGCGUGAUUGGACAAACUACCUUCUGCGGGACUUCAGCCUUGCUAUGCACACCAUCGAAAAGCCGCACUCAAGAGUACAGCCUUCCGCCAGCUUAUACAAGGGAAAAGCUGAAUACCCACCCCGUAAAAGCCUACAUGACCUCAAUACUUUGUUAGUAUCAAAUUUUAUGCUAUUGUAGACAGCAGUACAUCUGUUCAGUCUUGUAAGGUGCCGCUAAGUGGGCAACUACGGCGAAACACGCACCAUGGACUCGAGCGAGGUUUUUGGCUGCAAUCAAUGUUCCAAAUGUUUUUACACCUUAAGUCGCUACAAUCAACACCUCAAAACGCAUACAAAGCCCUUCCAAUGCAGCGAAUGCGUACGAAGCUUCGCUCUGCGUUCCGACCUCACCAGACAUGUGCAGGCACGGCACCGAAUUGGCGUAGCCCGACAUGCGUGUGUCGUUACGGGCUGCUCUUUCAAAGCUUCUCGAAAAGACAACAUUCGUCAGCAUGUCAAAAACAGCCAUGCACAACUGCUCCUUGACCCUGGCAAGCCUAGAUCAGGUCGUCGUCGUCGAGCGAAACUAGCUUCAGUUGACGUGCCAUUAGACGUUAAAGACGAGCGUGCAAUUGUCUGCACAUUAAUGCAGGCAGCAUCGAUGGGUAAUGUUGGUCUCUUACGAGCCAUCCUGCAAACAGGCAUCGACAUCUCCGCGCAAGCUGAUGAUGGGUCUACCGCUUUACAUUGCGCUGCCAAAACAGACCAGAUCGAGAUUGUCAAUCUUCUCGUCAAGAUGGGAGCCCGGACAGACGUCGUAAACGACAAGGGAAGAACACCUCUACAUGAGGCGAUAUUGGGUCAUUGCACGCACACUUUCGCAACCCUUGUGGGGAGGAGAGCAGAUCUCACGCAACGUGUGAUAGUUGCAACAAUCGAGACGAACCAGUCCCAAUUCUUUCAGGAUGCGUGGGCACUUUGCGGCGAGGAGAUGUUUCGAUGGUUCGGCAAAAAACUAUUCGCGAUCGCAGCCGAUUCCACCAACACAGCAUCCAUGGCUACGAUCUUGUUGUUACCCAACAUUACCCAGCAAUGGAUCGAGAGCGCAGGUGGAUUAGUAUUACGGCGAAUUAUUCACAAGAACCAGGAAGCCAUGCUCGAAUACCUGCUGAGGUCUGGAAAGUUGGAUGUCAAUACGGCUCUUGGUACGCCCUAUCAUGAAACGCGCAGUCUUCUUUACCUCGCCGCUGCCAGGGGAAGAAGCGAGAUUGUAGGUCUUUUGCUCGAAUUUGAGACCAUUGAUCUUGACCUGGCGGUUCGCGACGAGAUCUCAUCGCCGCUGGGUAUUGCUGCUUGGAGAGGACAUCUCCAGGUUGUCGAAAAGCUCCUACAAUGCUCUGGUAUUGUUGUCGACGGCAAGAGAAUGCGUCAAGAAAAUGCAACAACAUCUCUGCAUCUCGCAUGUCGCCGAGGACAUGUAGGAAUCAUAGGGCUGUUGCUCAAAGCCUUCGACGACCGAGGACUCGAUGUCGAUAUCCAGGACACAUCUGGCCUCCGAAUAACGCCACUGCAAAAUGCUGUUCGCAGCGGACACAAAGAGGCGGUAGCGCUCUUGCUACUUCGACGGGACGUCGGUGUCAAUCGAGCCUUUGUUCGCUCAGGGAUGACCUUGUUGCAGGCGGCAGCACAGGGUGGCCAUGGCAAAACGUUGAGUGUAUUACUGGGGGAUGGCCGAGUUGAUCGAAACGACGUGAGGAACAGUCGACAGUCGCUAUUAUCUGAUGCGUUAUGGGGAGGACACUGGUGUUUGGUAGAAAUCCUAUUUGACUACGAAAGUGUCCCGCUGAACAUCACUCGCCAAAGCUUAAAUCUUGCGACAGAGCCGUCUGGAAAGCGCGUCGAUAUCUUGGAAAGAGGGUUACUCGAAAUAGCGUCUCUUCCAACCCGGGACAAUAAUGCCUGGCAUCGAGCUGCCCGUACUGGCGACCUCAGUUUGGCAAUGCUCUUACUUGAACAUGCCCAAAAGCACGACAGUUGCUCCCAGCCCAUGGUGGAUGUCAAUCGUAGGAACUGGCACGGUCAAGCACCAUUACACGUCGCCGUGGAGUCUGGGAAGAUCGACAUCAUAGAGCUCCUACUCCACCACACACAAAUCGAUGUAAAUCUCACUUUGGGGAGACCGCAUUGGCAGCGCGGCCGAUCUGCCAUAGAGAUCGUCGAGAGAGGGUGGUACAAAUACUGGCGCUAUCACAAGGAAGAGCGUGCUUACACAGUAGAGCUUCUGCUGGCCCAUGGUGCACAGACUGCAUCGCGUAAUCGAGCAGACAACGCGAACAAGGUCGUUCUCCCACUCUCAGAUAUGGGUGUGGAGGGAAAUGUCCAACAUUUGUCUGAACAUAGCGAGGACCUUAGAAGGAAGAACCAUGCGUCAUGGGCUUCAGUCGUUGGAAUACAUGACGGUGCUGGCGGACCUGGAGUAACGAACGUGGAAGACAAGAAUACAGUUGGCGAUAACAUCCCAUUCGAUAUGGACGAUUCGAUGGUAGAAGACCCUGACGCGAUAUUCGAGGAAUGGAUGUGCUUUGACGAUGAAGAACCGUCCGGCAACAACAGCAGUUUGGAGAUGUGGGAGCGAGAGAUGUCGCUUGAGCAGCCCGGUACCUUCGCCUCCUUAUAGAAAGUACGCACUACCUGGCAUGCGAUUCGUCUGUAUGUGGAUUGAACUUCGUAGGAGCAGUCGGUGAUGGAGGCAUCGCGAGGGUUCGUGAGGUUCGUGGGGUGCGUAUCGGUUUUUGCACAUGGACUGCGUUUCUGUAUCUGCUCGCCGUGCGCUAAGUCAAAAGAUCUCAUGGAAGGACUUGUAUGCGUUCCCGUUUCUAAAUGAGUGAGCGAAGAGAUGUGGCAUAUCGCGGAG